AAAGGCCACAGAACAUGUAGCUGGCUCCUUAGCGACGGAAGAUUUCAGGGCUACAAUGAAUGGCAGCCCUACGGCUGUAUGAUACAUAAAUAUAGCAAGGGGGAUUUCAAAACGUGCAUGCAGUACAUUUCCUACUGGGGAGGUAGAAAUCAUUUUGCAUUUGUUGGCGACUCCAGAAUCAGGCAGUUGUACUUUGAGUUUAUACAGCACCUAACUGACAAGCAGGUGAAAAUGUAUAAAGCCCACACUGAUUUGAAAUUUUCAGACAAAAGAUCUAAUAUCUUAGUGGAGUUCUUCUGGAAUCCAUACGUGGACGAGUACAUGAGAGGUAAGUUGAAUAAUUGGGUCAGUUCAAAAUCUGCACCACAAUUGGUCGUAAUUGGGUCGGCCACGUGGUCUAUCAAGUUGAACAAUGGCUCUGAAGAGGCUAUUCCAUAUUAUAAAAGCAACAUAUCUGAAACAUGCAAGACUGUGCUUUCAAAGUACAAGAAGACUACCAAAGUCAUCUGGAUGCUGCAAGAUCACGUGGUUGAAUCCAAAUUGUCCCCGAACCGCUCCAUGAUAACGAAUAAGCAGAUAGACCUCUAUAACAGGGCUGCCGUUGAAAACUUGUCGGUCUUGAUGAUGAUGUCGAUGAUGAUGAUGAUAAUGAGGACGAUGAUGAUAAUGAUCUACGAAGACGGUCUGCACAUCUCCACUGGCGCUCUCCAAAUAGACACACAAAUCCUCUUCAACCUCAUCUGCAACAACUACAUGAACUUUGACGACGGCAGCUGCUGUACAAGCCCUGAAAAUCCGACAACAGUGCAGAUAGCCAUGGCCGCUUUCUUCGCGACUUCACUCGCUGCAGCCGUCUUAAUAGCCACCUGCAGACGCCUAAACGGGCGAAGUAACAAGAACAACAAAAACAACAAUAAAACAAAUAAUAACAACAAUAACCAAUCCAAAAAUAUGGAUUGUCCCACACUGAUCAGUUGCAUAGCCAAGCUGGGACUCAUCUUGUUGUACUUUUUCAUUUGUGACAGGACUACGUUCUUCAUGAAGGAGAAUAAAUAUUAUACGCACGUAAACUUCUUCCUCCCUUUCACGUACCUCAUGAUUCUCGGCUUGUUUUUCACCGAAAGCACUAAACAAGUGCAGGUUCUCAACCGCUGUCAGACUGAUGAAUGGAAAGGUUGGAUGCAGAUUGUGAUUCUUAUCUACCAUCUUACAGGAGCGAGCAAGGUGCUGAGUAUAUACAUGCACAUCAGGGUCAUGGUAUCGGCCUACCUCUUCCUAUCUGCUUACGGACAUUUCGUCUACUUCUUCAAUAAAAAUGACUUCUCGUUUCAUAGACUGUGCACUGUUUUGGUUCGUUUCAAUUUAUUGGUAGUACUGCUAUGCCUCUCGAUGAAUAGACCUUACCAGUUUUAUUACUUCGUACCACUCGUUACUUUUUGGUUCAUCGUCAUUUUUAUAGUAAUGGCCCUACCACCAAGAAGUAGUAGCAGCAUGAGUAUAUCCAGCUUCUUCUGGAUAUUCUUGAAAAUUGUUGGACUGGCUGUGGUUGUCACUCUGCUAUAUUCAUCUGAGGUGUUCUUCGACCAGCUGUUCCUCUCGACAUCUCUCAAGCCUCUGUUCGUCACGUCUGAUGAGUCCAUUCACGACUGGAGGUUCAGGUGGAAUCUCGACAGAUACAGUUCUAUAUACGGCUUGUUGUUUGCACUGGCUCUCGUGAUGGCAAAGAGGUUUAAAUUGAUUGAUGAUUCAGUUAGUGAUCUGGUAGCAUCGCGAAAAGUCAACAUGCUCUCUAUGGCGCUGUCUAUCUGCGGCCUUGUGGGUUAUGCGGUCUUUACCAGCUUAUGCAACAGCAAGGAGCAGUGCAAUAAUAAUAAUAAUAAAAAGAUCCUGUCUUACAUAUGUCUGCGGAACAUGAUGGGAUGUGCCAGAAGAAAGUUCAGUGCCUUCUUCGCCUGGUUUGGGAAGAUGUCUCUUGAGCUUUUCAUAGCUCAGUACCACAUAUGGCUUGCAGCUGACACCCACGGAAUUCUAGUUCUGAUACCAUCAUACCCUGUUAUGAACCUGAUAGUGACGAGUUUUGUCUUCGUGUGUGUGGCACACGAAAUCAAGUUACUGACGAGUCUACUGACGCCCGUCCUCGUUCCUAGGAGUAGGCUGAAGUUGGCGAGGAAUGUUCUAGUGCUUUUGCUACUCUUGCUGAUCAAACAUCUGUUGCCAUUUUGA